GGGGCGGCCCCCACCACCCCCGCGCCCCCGCGGGUCUCCCCCUUCACGUCGCAGCCCCUCCCGGCCCAGACGCUGCCCCAGAGGCCCGGCUCCGGGGAGCCCGCGGGGCCCGAGGAGGCCCCGGACACGGCCCUGGAGGACGCCAGCCCCCUGGCCUUGCUGGACAAGGGAGAGAACGAACUGACCGGGUCUGCGUCCGAGGAGAGCCAGGAGACCACCACGUCCACGAUCAUCACCACCACGGUCAUCACCACCGAGCAGGCCCCAGCUUUCUGCAGCCUGAGCUUCUCUGAGCCCGAAGGCUACAUCGACUCCAAUGACGCCCCACCCCUGCCCCUCACCAACUUCCUGGAGUGCACCUACAACGUGACCGUCUACACUGGCUAUGGGGUAGAGCUCCAGGUGAAGAGCGUGAACCUGUCCGAAGGGGAGCUGCUGUCCAUCCGCGCUGUGGACGGCCCCACGCUGACCGUGCUGGCCAACCAGACACUCCUGGUGGAGGGCCAGGUCAUCCGGAGCCCCACCAACACCAUCUCCGUCUACUUCCGCACCUUCCAGGAGGACGGUCUGGGCACCUUCCAGCUGCACUACCAGGCCUUCAUGCUGAGCUGCACCUUCCCCCGCCGGCCCGACUUCGGGGACGUCACUGUGAUGGACCUGCACUCGGGCGGGCUGGCCCACUUCCACUGCCACCUGGGCUAUGAGCUCCAGGGCGCCAGGACACUGACCUGCAUCAAUGCCUCCAAGCCACACUGGAGCAGCCACGAGCCCGUCUGCUCAGCACCCUGUGGAGGGGUGAUCCGCAAUGCCACCAUUGGCCGCGUCCUGUCUCCAAGUUAUUCUGGAAGUGCCAACGGGAGUCAGUUCUGUGUGUGGACCAUCGAAGCUCCAGAAGGCCAGAAACUACACCUGCAUUUUGAGAGAUUGGCGCUGCAUGAGAAGGACAGGAUGAGGGUCUACAGCGGGCUGACCAACAGCUCGGCCCCCCUAUACGACUCCCUGCGAACCCAGAAUGUGCCGUUCGAGGGACUGCUGAGUGAGGGCAGUGCCAUCCGCAUCGAGUUCACAUCUGACCAGGCGCGGGCUGCCUCUGCCUUCAACAUCCGGUUCGAGGCCUUUGAGAAGGGCCACUGCUAUGAGCCCUACAUCCAGAAUGGUAACUUCACCACCUCGGAUCCCACGUACAACAUCGGCACGGUGGUGCAGUUCACCUGUGAUCCCGGCCACUCUCUGGAGCAGGGCCCGGCCAUCAUCGAGUGUAUCAACAUGCGGGACCCCUACUGGAAUGACACGGAGCCUCUCUGCAGAGCCAUGUGCGGAGGGGAGCUUACUGCAGUGGCCGGGGUGGUGCUGUCCCCAAACUGGCCUGAGCCUUAUGUGGAAGGUGAAGAUUGUGUCUGGAAGAUCCACGUGGGGGUGGAGAAACGGAUCUUCUUGGACAUCCAGUUCCUGAACCUGAGUAACAGCGACAUCCUGACCAUCUAUGACGGAGACGAGCUCAUGCCCCACAUCCUGGGCCAGUAUCUUGGCAACAGCGGCCCCCAGAAGCUGUACUCCUCCACCCCGGACCUGACCAUCCAGUUCCACUCGGACCCCGCCGGCCUCAUCUUUGGGAAGGGGCAGGGAUUCAUCAUGAACUACAUAGAGGUGUCAAGGAACGACUCCUGCUCGGAUCUGCCCGAGAUCCAGAACGGGUGGAAGACCACGUCCCACACAGAGCUGGUGCGGGGAGCCCGCAUCACCUACCAGUGCGAUCCUGGCUAUGACAUCGUGGGGAGCGACACCCUCACCUGCCAGUGGGACCUCAGCUGGAGCAGCGACCCCCCGUUCUGCGAGAAGAUCAUGUACUGCACCGACCCCGGAGAAGUGGACCACUCCACACGCCUCAUUUCGGACCCGGUUCUGCUGGUGGGCACCACCAUCCAGUACACCUGCAACCCCGGCUUCGUGCUGGAGGGGAGCUCGCUACUGACCUGCUAUAGCCGUGAGACGGGCACGCCCAUCUGGACAUCCCGCCUGCCUCACUGUGUCUCGGAGGAGUCGCUGGCCUGUGACAACCCGGGGCUGCCUGAGAACGGGUAUCAGAUCCUGUACAAGCGCCUCUACCUGCCCGGAGAGUCCCUCACCUUCAUGUGCUACGAAGGCUUCGAGCUCAUGGGCGAAGUGACCAUCCGCUGCAUCCUGGGCCAGCCGUCCCACUGGAACGGGCCCCUGCCCGUCUGCAAAGUGAAUCAAGACAGCUUUGAGCACGCUUUAGAAGUAGCAGAAGCGGCAGCAGAGACGUCUCUGGAAGGCGGAAACAUGGCACUGGCCAUCUUCCUCCCGGUCCUCAUCGUGUCGCUGCUGCUGGGCGGAGCCUACAUCUACAUCACCAGAUGUCGCUACUACUCCAACCUGCGCCUGCCCCUGAUGUACGCCCACCCCUACAGCCAGAUCACCGUGGAAACCGAGUUCGACAACCCCAUUUACGAGACAGGGGAAACCAGAGAAUAUGAAGUUUCCAUCUAAGGCCACUGCCCUGGAGAAGGGGCCUCCCGGGGGGGCAGCUCCGGGGCCACCACUUGAGAACCUCACGCACAGACCCCGUGGCAGGCAUCGGACAGAGAGCCCCCGGGGGUCAGCUGCCUUUUCCUUCCACGCUUCCUCGAUGACUUCCUGUUUUCUUUGCUGUAUUUAUUAUAU